AUGGAGAAGGCAUCUUUAAUGGGGAAGCGCCCCAUCAAGCGGAGAAACAAAUACCGCAAGUUGUCUCAUUACGCUUUUGCGCUCAUUCUUCUUACAGUCGUGGUGAUGUCCUUGCCAAUUGGGCCUUCUCUUGAGAAAUUCGUCUCGAGGAAAUCAUCUAAAAAGAAUGUUAUUUUCUUUGUUACUGAUGGAAUGGGCCCUGCAUCUCUGUCGCUAAGCAGGUCUUUUCGGCAAUUUACGCAAAACCUGACAAUCGACGACGUCCUAACCCUUGACCAUCACCUUAUUGGGUCAUCCCGUACUCGUUCUUCUGACUCACUGGUGACGGACUCUGCUGCUGGUGCAACUGCUUUCUCGUGUGCAUUGAAGUCAUACAAUGGUGCUAUCGGAGUUGACCCCGACAAACAACCAUGCGGUACUAUUUUAGAGGCCGCCAAGCUCCAAGGAUACCUAACAGGGCUCGUUGUCACAACAAGAAUAACUGACGCAACCCCUGCUGCAUUCAGCGCACACGCAGAUUAUAGAUUCCAAGAAGACCUUAUCGCUCAACAACAGCUUGGUGACUACCCUCUAGGGCGGAUGGUUGACUUGAUGAUUGGAGGUGGCAGAACACACUUUUAUUCAGGAACUGAUAUUGUUUACGGCUCCCGUGGCAGUCGUUCCGAUGGUCGUAAUUUGAUUAAGGAGGCGAUAGGUGACGGGUGGAGCUAUGUUGGUAAUCGCGAGCAGUUUGAUGCACUAGAAAAUGGACGUAAUGUUUCUUUGCCCCUUCUAGCUCUUCUUGCUGAUUAUGAUAUUCCAUUUGAUUUCGAUAGGGAUGCUUCGGAAUAUCCCUCCUUAAAAGAGGAAGCUAUGACUGCCAUUAAUGCUUUGACUGAGGCAACAAAAAACUCGGACAAAGGUUUCUUCUUGCUCAUCGAAGGUUCCAGGAUUGACCACGCUGGCCAUCAAAACGACCCAGCUGCCCAAGCACGUGAAGUUCUAGCCUUUGAUGAGGCUUUUGAAGCAGUUCUAAGGUUUGCCGAAGAAAGUGAUGUCGAGACGGUAAUGGUAUCGACCUCAGACCAUGAAACUGGGGGUCUUGUAACUGCUCGGCAAAUAACGAAGGCUUAUCCUGAAUAUGCUUGGUACCCAAACGUUUUGGAUAACGCAAAACACUCUGGAGAAUUCCUGAGAAAAAUGGUGCAAGGCUACAAAGGCGACAGCAAGUCCACAUUCAUAGAACAAGACGUAUUUGAAGACAAUCUUGGCAUCACAGAUUAUUCGAAGGCUGACGUCGAAGAGUUGCUAAAGCUCACCUCUAGCGGCGAGAUCAAUGACAAAUUAAACGACAUGAUUUCGACAAGAGCACAGAUUGGAUGGUCUACGCACGGUCAUAGUGCAGUCGAUGUUAACAUUUACGCAUAUGCCAAUCGUCGUGCGACUUGGCAUAAUGUGCUGGAAAACUUGCAGGGCAAUCAUGAAAACACAGAAAUUGGUCAAUUCAUGGCCAAUUACUUAGGCUUGAAUUUGCAAGAUGUCACUAAAAAACUAGGCAAAACAAAACACUCGCCUACCAGCUCAUUGUCGGAUCUAUCGCUCGAUGCCGAUGAGUACCAUCACAACCUGUACAUUUGA